ACAGCCAAAGAUUUUGGGUUUCUUCCCUCAGGUGGGCACUCCAAACCAAGCGAAACAUUCCCCACCGUCCAAAUCACACUCCCCGCAAGCUAGCAAGAGAGAAGUACAGUGCUUUUACUCGAUAUCUGAAACACCUACCACCGGCAGAGAAAUCGCCAAUAACAUGACUUCUGUGAACUCCUCGAGUACUAUUGUGAACAAGGUUACCACAUCACCUUCCAAGGUUUGUUGUAGCAAAGCUCGACACCACCGCUCUUUCUCCAUUCACAUAACUAAUGCCCCAAUAGCCUUCCACAGGACGUACGUAUGAUGCUAAACUGGUAACAAGGGAAAUGCACCGGCUAGGCACGUUGGCCGGUCUUAGUCCUGUGCUCGCGCCGUCACUUUCCUCUGGCCCAUCAACUUCCACGCUUACCCUUCCAGCUACCUCACCCUCGACUUCUACAUUUGCAUCUGGUUCAUCGUAUAACCACAGCAGCACCCUGCCUGGUACAAGCAUAACAGAUAAAGACAACCCAUGGGGCAUGCUGCAUGUACACGUUCUACCCCUGUUCAACGAGGAACCAUUGCGCGUACCCAUAGAGGACCUCAAUGCACUAGUGAAACGACACAUUCAGACCGUAUUGGCGGCAUCGCCUUCGAAAGCUCUUGCCACUCUCAGCGCAGAUGCAAGAGAGCUUAUCGAAGCUGGUAUGGUUACCCUAAAUGCUAAACUCGUCCCAGGGUCAGACGACUUUCUCAUGGGCCGGCUAGUGGAAGUAUGGUCCUUCUUUUGGGAUCACGUACUUUCAUACAUAGAGGGCGCUUUACUCCCUUUGCAGACGGACCCACUGCUAACAUCGCUCCAUCGCACUCCGAAGCAACUUUUGCCGUCUUCAUCCACACGACAAGGAUCUCCUACAAUAGACGUUCGAAGCGUCGCACUGUGCGCGUUUCGCUACCGUGUCGUGAUACCGCUGGCCAAACGACUUCACGUCUUACUCUCACCACCGUUGACCAAGGAAACGCUUGCAAGACUUGGUCAAUAUCGGUUGCCACGGCUACAGCAGAUGCUACUGGUCCUGACAUCUGAACGGCGUUCCCGGCCGUCGUCGCCGGCGCUGUCACCAUGCGUACCCACUGCACAACCCGACACAGACGAGGCUGCCAUUAGCGAGCUUCUCCGCUUGUUCUCGCAGGCGCGUCACAAUAUCCAUAAUCAACAGUCGCAACGACAGUCCUUCGCUCAAUCCGCAAUAGCGCGCUCCACGACUCCGGAUUUUUCGUCUGCGAGGAUCCCUCGUGACCGAAGGGGACGCAUCGGUGGUGCACGUAACAUGGAUAGGAUGAUCCUCAAUGCAGGUGGGUGGACGGCGGACGGUGCGGAUGGAGGAACGGCUGCUGCUCAUGGACCAUCUUCGGGGGUGGGUGACGUAGACGUGCACGCGGAGCCUGACGAACUGAGCAACGAAGGCGCGAAGACGCCACGGAUUGGCGCAAUGGAAUCAGAUAGGGAGAUUCCCCCUGCACUCCGUCCGUCGGUAGAACAUCGCCAUCGCGCGAGCACAGGUGGCUGGGGGCUUGGUGCAGGGAAAGAGGAGAAGCAACGAGAGGAAGACGACGAUGAUGAGAUUAUGGAUUGGGACCAGGCCCAGGCUGUGGUAGAGCGAAUGGUUGGGAUGAAACCCCUCGACAGUCCAACCGAAUCACGUAGGAGGGCGGCUUAGGUGUUAGCAGUGACUACAAGAAAUUGAACGUGUACUUGAUGCUGGAACGUAAACCUCUGCAUUUCUUUAAUGA